AAAAAAAAGAAAAGAGAGACAGGAAAAGAAAGAAAGGUUAUAAAUAAUGUGAAAGUACAAAAAUACAUCAAUUUUAGGAAUAUACAGUUGACCCUUGAACAACACAGAUUCGAACUGUGCAGGUGCAUGUCUGCUGGGAUGUUUCUCAGCUGUAAAUGCUACAGUUCUGCGCUGUGGUUGAUGGAAUCGGCAGAUACAGAGGAAUUAAAGGAAUGGAAGGAAGAGAGGGCCGACUACAAGUUAGACUUGGAUUUACCCCCAUGGAGCUCAGGGGGUCAACUGUUAAUUCAAAAGUGAUAGUCUCCUAUCAUCUGCCCUCCCCUAGAGAUCAUAUGAAUGGUUUGGUAUUUAUAUUCCUCUAAAUAGUGGUGCUGUGCAUAUACCAGCCCAUGUCUGUUUAGUUAUAACUGUGUGAUCAUACUGUGUAAGGGGAAUUGCAUCUGAAUAUUAUCUUGGACAUCUUUCCAUGUACAGACCUCUCAAUAUUUACUGGGAGAUUUAGUCUUCAUUUCCUAACAUCCUGGCCGUUUUUCAGCAAUGAGAUUUUUAAGUACGUUUGUGUGAACUCACUGAUAUACACAAGCGUUGAGAAAGUUGAAGAACUUAAGGUAAAGGGCCUGAAUACUGGUUUAAUUAUCUGUCCAUGGAAAGGAACAAGCUGAGAGUGGUGGGUGGGGUGUUCACAGAUGGUCCCCUGUUUAUACUAGAAGUUAUAAUCCUGAGCCAGAGUCAAAUGAAAGGCCCUUACCCCCCCCCCAUCCUCCCACUCAGCCUGGGCUGUAGACUCCAGACACUGCCUGGUGUUAGAGUCACACCCAACUAGCAAAUGCUAAGAGACUCAAGAGUAUUGGAGCCUGGUGGGGCCUCUGGGAGCAUCAAGUUUGGGAUGGAGGAACCUGAGGUCCCGCUGGAAGAGAGGAUUUGGGGAAGUCGCCAUGGGAGGGGUUUGGGGAGAAAGUCACCUGGACUUCAGCAGAGCAGGUUUACUUUCAUCUGUUUCUAUAUUAAGAUUCCUCUUUUAGUUGAAAAGUGGCCUGUGUUCCCUCCUCAAAAGUUCUAACCAUGGACCUAGCCUAAACUCUGGCAUUUUUCAAAAUGAAAAAAGACCUGAAUACCUUAGAGAAGUGAUUUAUCCCAGUGUCGCAGAGCUAGUAAUUGACAGAAAAUCGACUUUGAAGCCUCCUAAUUCCCAACCCAGUGCAUGCGGGUACUUUGCAGGGAGGAUUACCUCAUUCACACAGGCUCUAGGAGUUGGGGGAGGGACCAGAUGGCUAGGAGGCCUGGACUGGGUGUAGAAAAUGUUAACGAACCAGUGCUCUCUAAUCACAUUGCUUUAAAUAUAAUCAAAGGGGGAAAGAGAGUAAUUGGAGGCCUAGAGAGACUUGCAACCUAUUAUGAAACACCAUCAAGCCUGUUAAAUCUUUGCCGGGCUGAUAUCUGCCUACGAGCCCUGCCCUGGGUGUGCUCCAGACUCAGUGAAUGGUCCAGGAUGUGUAAAUGUUCAGUGACCUGCCAGGAUGUGCUGCCCAAUCAGAGAUGCAACACAAAUGUUUAAAAUGAACAAUGAAGUAAAAGAGUUUACAUAAGCUUGUAGGGGUAACCAACGGGGUAACAAGCACGAAGAAUUACCGUCCUUCCUGGUUAUUCUUCUGGAUCUGGCUUUUUUCUUUUCUGGAUAAGAAAUAGGACCCUACAGGUUGUCAGCUCUAACAUUAUUUGAGUUUGUGAUUCUUUUUUUGAGCCAUUUUAUUCUCAAGAGUCAGAAAAACCAAACUGCGGUCCUGAAGACUAAAACUGUCACCCUGCUUACUUAACAUUCCAUAUGCCAACUGCCCCCCCCAUUUAGUGAGUGAAAUGUCACUUGAUGAAUUGCAGAGUCCUUGAUCUCUCUUUUCUAUUCAGAAACUUAAAGAUGUCCAAAUCCUUCUAAAUGUCUGAGACCAAGAGCAAAACUAGAAAAUCAAAACCAAAACGCGGGUCUGUUGUACAAAUGAAAAAAAAUAGAGGUAAGGAGCAGAAAAGACCUCAAGGUCACCACGUACCAAUCACAGAAGAACCAAGAACCCAGGUGCGCUUUUAUAUUCUGUACUUAUCUCUUUCUUCCAGACCCAGAAAAGUUGGCUGGCAUUUGACAACCAAAGGGUUCCCUCUUUAUUUCUCUGCCCCUGGCGUUUUUCUAUCAUAGUCUCCUCCAUUAGGACACUGGAGUUGAGUUGAGUUUUAGGUUAGGACCAUUUACUUGGAUGGGUGUGAUACAGUGACAGUCCAAAAAUGAUUCAUUCAUUGAACGCUUGUUUAUGGAACUUGACUUGCUAAGUGCCAGGCAUGAUUCGAGGUGCUGAGAAUACAGUAAGGAACCCCCAAAGCCCCCACCUUCUAGGAGAGAAGAAAGCAACCAUGAUCAAAUAUGCAUACUGUCAAGCGAAGCUAAGUGAUGUGGAGAUGGCAGCACAACUAAGAGGGAGGGGGGAUGUUUGGGAUGGGCAGUUAGAAAAGGCCUCUGUGAGUGAGAGGACAGAGACGGAGAUUGGGAGAGAACCGAGUCCUGUGAAUUUCGGGGCUUCCUCUCUCAGCCUCCCAGAGAAAGUGUGAUCUGCAGGCAAUGAAUAUUCCACCUGGCUGAAACAAAAGGAUGCUGGUUGGGGGCCUUGCUCCCCAUUCUGCAUAAGUUCACCCUUGACCAUAACAAUGCCUUUCAGACCAGACUAAAGUCUGUUGCAUUCAGAUUGAUUGAACUUUAGUGGGAAGCUUUUACCUCCAAACUGCUUCAUCACUGAAAACACUUACAAUAGGCAAUAAAGCUGACAGUACCUGUUGAAAAUGUAACAAACAGUAUUUACAAGUAACUGUGUGAGAGGAAGCACAUUUACAAUGGCUGUCAUUUAAUACUGGUGAGUGUUGCUAAGGCUGGCAGUUGGGAGGGUUCUGUGGCCUUGGCUAAUGUGUAGCUUCCAUUAAAAGCCUUUUCAAAAUGGAUCCACCUGGCGUCCAGCACUGGCCUGCCGAUAGUCCUUUUAUUAUAAUGAAAUGAUAGUUCAGGGCUUGAUUUAAAUCAGUAAUGGGCUGCACACUAUCAGGUGACAACUUCUCUGAGAAAGGCCAAGCGGAAUGAAAUAGGAAAAGGGAAAUGUGACUUAGGUGUUCAUGGUUAAUUUCAUAGCUCCACAGAGGAAAGUGGUCACCUUUGAAAUCCGCCCCCCUCCCCAAAUCCCCAGGCCACCUGAAGGCUAGAGAGCUCCGCAUUAGAACUGUUUAGGAACCGACUUCAGAACAGAAUGGAGAUUUGCCAGCAGAAUCUAUUUAAAUCACAAAUCCUGUUGUCUAAAUCAGUGUUCCAAGCUAGUCUACCAGCCAAGCCAUGCCCUUUUUUUCUUUUUUCUUUCUUUUUUUUUUUGUCUCUGCCACUUUAAAAAGUAACUUCUCAACUGCUUUGCUUUGCAGCAGAGAUAACAGAAAUUGGCCACAGAGUCAUUUACUUGGGCAGAGUUAUUUAUGGCAACUUGUUUGUGUAUUUUUAAAUCAGUUACAAUGGGCUAUUGUUCAUUUGUAUACUGUUCAUAUAUGUUGCAAAUCCUCAUGGAAUACGAAUUCCUUAAGGAAUCCUCAUGGUAUAAGAAUUUUUUUCUAACCUCAGGAAUUCAGUGACCAUUUUAAGUUUCUUUUACUUACUAAGCACCUUAUACACUGAUAAAGCUUUUAUUAAAUAUUGCACUGUUUAUUUUGGCAUUUUAUCACCUCGUGAUGAGGCUAAGGUGGAAAUUAAAAUUUGUAGUUCCAAAGAGAUUCAGACCUCUGCGGGGGAUUAUCAGUCUGUCCUUUCUCUCUGGGCUAGCUUUCUCGCUUUUGCUUCUCUUCAUCCUUUCUGUAGACAACCAAAGCCAAACUUCACUCUUAGUGUACCUAGAUACAGCUCAGAAACAAGAUUAGCCUUGAGUAUGAGCAUCUCUGAUGUUUGAAUAAUGAUACUCACUUAACCUAUUUAUAAAAACUCUUAUUCGUGUACUCAAGUGUAUCCUGUGACUCGGUUCCUUUUCUUUUGCUGUUGUUUACUGAUAAAAAUAAAUCUCCUGCGCUAAGCAGUAGGAAUCUCUCCGAAAUGCAAGACAGGUCCUAAGAGGAGAAUUCAUAUGUUAAUGAGCCCUUCCAAGUGAGAACUUGGUUAAACGUGCCAUUUGCUGACAUCAUUGUUAUGGGCAGAGUGAAGAUGAUUUCUUUAAGAGGUGGCCUUGCAUAUGCUCCCAGCGUUUUGUGGCCCGCGCGUGCACCUGCGGGAGGGGGACGUUUACAUAAGCCUCCUGGGGUAUUCGCAGCUAGCUGCUCCAUUCUCUAGGGCUCCUGGGAAUGAAGCCGGCUGACCGAGCAGCCGUUGUUGGAUGUCCCGUGACUGAGAAGCCGUCGUGGGACUCGGUGGUCCUGCCUCUGGAGAUGGAGCCCAAGAUGAGCAAACUCGCCUUCGCGUGCCAGCGGAGCUCCACGUCGGACGACGACUCGGGCUGUGCGCUGGAGGAGUACGCCUGGGUGCCUCCGGGCCUUAGGCCAGAGCAGAUCCAGCUCUAUUUUGCUUGCUUACCAGAGGAAAAGGUUCCCUAUGUUAACAGCCCUGGAGAGAAACACCGGAUCAAACAGCUUUUGUACCAGUUGCCACCACAUGAUAAUGAGGUGCGGUAUUGCCAGACUUUGAGUGAAGAGGAGAAAAAAGAGCUGCAAGUAUUCAGUGCUCAGCGGAAGAAAGAGGCACUCGGAAGAGGAACGAUUAAACUUCUGUCCAGAGCCGUGAUGCAUGCUGUGUGCGAGCAGUGUGGGUUGAAGAUAAAUGGAGGUGAAAUUGCUGUGUUCGCCUCCCGAGCGGGCCCCGGAGUGUGCUGGCACCCAUCCUGUUUUGUCUGCUUCACGUGCAACGAGCUGCUGGUCGACCUCAUCUAUUUUUAUCAGGAUGGAAAAAUUCACUGUGGCAGGCACCACGCCGAACUGCUCAAACCCCGGUGUUCAGCAUGUGAUGAGAUAAUUUUUGCUGAUGAGUGCACAGAAGCCGAGGGUCGCCACUGGCACAUGAAACACUUCUGCUGCCUGGAGUGUGAGACGGUCCUAGGGGGACAGAGGUACAUCAUGAAGGAUGGCCGCCCGUUCUGCUGUGGCUGCUUCGAGUCCCUGUAUGCAGAGUACUGCGAGACCUGCGGGGAGCAUAUUGGGGUGGACCACGCGCAGAUGACCUACGACGGGCAGCACUGGCACGCCACGGAGGCCUGCUUUUCCUGCGCCCAGUGCAAAGCCUCUCUCUUGGGAUGUCCUUUCCUUCCCAAACAAGGGCAGAUUUACUGCUCGAAGACGUGCAGCCUCGGUGAAGACGUGCAUGCCUCGGAUUCUUCCGACUCUGCCUUCCAGUCGGCUCGAUCCAGAGACUCCAGAAGGAGUGUCCGGAUGGGCAAAAGCAGCCGGUCAGCAGAUCAGUGUCGACAGUCUCUCCUCUUAUCCCCUGCCCUGAACUACAAGUUUCCUGGCCUUUCCGGCAAUGCUGAUGACACCCUUUCUCGGAAACUGGACGACCUGAGUCUUUCCAGGCAAGGAGCAGGUUUUGUCAACGAGGAGUUCUGGAAAGGCAGAGUAGAGCACGAAACCCCAGAGGACCCCGAAGAAUGGGCUGAGCAUGAAGAUUAUAUGACCCAGCUCCUCCUCAAGUUUGGUGAUAAAAGCCUCUUUCAGCAGCAGCCCGGUGAGCUGGACAUGCGAGCUGGUGAGCACUGGUUAUCUGAUAACAUGGUUAAAAAUAAGACCGAGUUGAAGCAAAAUAACCAGAGCCUUGCAAGUAAAAAAUACCAAUCUGAUAUGUAUUGGGCACAGUCACAAGAUGGACUGGGCGAUUCUGCUUAUGGCAGCCACCCGGGCCCUGCAAGCAGUCGGAGGCUCCAGGAACUGGAUCUGGACCACGGGGCUUCGGGAUACAAUCAUGAUCAAACACAGUGGUAUGAAGAUUCCCUGGAGUGUCUGUCAGACUUGAAACCAGAGCAAAGUGUUCGCGAUUCAAUGGAUUCUUUGGCUUUGUCUAAUAUCACAGGGGCCUCAGUGGAUGGAGAAAGCAAACCAAGGCCAUCAUUAUAUUCUCUGCAAAACUUUGAGGAAAUGGAGACAGAAGAUUGUGAGAAAAUGAGCAACAUGGGGACUCUGAACUCUUCCAUGCUGCACAGGAGCACAGAAUCCUUGAAGAGCCUCAGUUCGGAGCUGUGUCCAGAAAAAAUCCUGCCCGAGGAGAAACCAGUCCACCUGCCGGUGCUCAGAAGGUCCAAGUCUCAAUCCAGACCCCAGCAGGUCAAGUUUUCAGAUGACGUCAUCGACAACGGAAGCUACGAGAACAUCGAGGUCCGGCAGCCGCCGAUGAGCGAGAGGACCCGGCGGCGGGUGUACCACUUUGACGAGAGGGGCUCCAGGCCUCACCAUCAUCGCCGCCGGAGAAGCCGCAAGUCCCGCUCGGACAAUGCCCUGAACCUGGUGGCGGAGAGGAAAUACUCUCCCAGGGCCAGGCUGCGGCUUUACACCCCCGACAACUACGAGAAGUUCAUCCAGAGCAAGAGCGCGCGCGAGAUCCAGGCUUACAUCCGGGGCGCGGAGCUCUGCGGCCCCUACGCCCACGCCACUUCCGACUACGCGCUGCAGCCCCCCGGGGGCCCCCGCUUCCUGGGGCUCUACGGGGAGGACGACGACUCGUGGUGCUCCUCGUCCACCUCCUCCUCCUCCGACUCGGAAGAGGAGGGCUAUUUUCUCGGACAACCGAUUCCUCAACCCCGGCCGCAGAGAUACGCCUACUACACAGACGACCUUUCCAGUCCGACGUCGGCCCUCCCUGCGCCUCAGUUGGGUCAGAGGACAACCAAAUCCAAGAAGAAAAAGGGACACAAGGGCAAAAACUGCAUCAUUUCUUAACCGGGUCGCCGUGGAGCUCAUAUUUAAACUUCACCAUUUAACCAUCUUCAAUCAUAUCUUUUUUUUUUUUUUUUUCUUCCAUAGGAAAGUUGCUAAAAUAGAUUAAAGUGCUUUGCCCAUGUACAUGAGACCCCGACUGCUGUUUACAGUGUCCGAUUAACAUUUGGCAGGUGUGAUGUCUCCGUUUGCCCUCCUUGGAUGGUGCCAGGUGGACGUGACCUCUUGUGCCGGUCCGGGGCAUCUCGGUUUGGUUUUUUUAUGCGGCUGCUUUGGUCUCCCCGCCGGCAAGAGAGCCUCAGGAAGCUGUUGAGAAGGGGAUUGGAUGGGUGUGUUGAUUUUAGACAAUGGAGAACUCGAGCCACCUUUGUAAAGCAAUAGCGUCUUUCAGCUGCACCAGGUUGGCCCAGGUCCAGAAGGCCUGACCUGUCGUGCGGGCAUGCACGUGGUCACGUGACCCAGCCAACACCGUGCGUGCAUCCCAUCUGCGAGGCCACCGGGUCCCCUUUCAACCCUCAUUAGCCAGGUAAACAUUAUAUUGUAUUAGCUCCAGCUACAGAUUGGGAAAAAAAAAAAUACCGCUAUUUAUAAUGUAGUAUUUCAUAGACUUAAGUGUAUUCCUAAUUUAACGGUGCAAAUAUUAAUGUACAUACUGUACAGUUCAGAUUUUAAAGCUCAUAUUUUUAUACCCCGGAAAUGUAAGAUGUUUGUUACAUUGCAGUGCUAGGUUUGCUAGGGAGCCAGGAACAGCAUUUAUGGAUGAAAUGAUUGCUUGUAUUUUAGUCAGGGUUUAUAAGUUUAGAUGGUCAGAUUUAUAUUGCCUAGUGAUGGGAAGUUCAACUUUUUUGAUUUUUUUUCAAUAUUAAAAAGGCUCUGUAUGCAUGGUGGGGCUAUGUAAAUACUCUUUAAAACUAUGGCCCUAGUAAUCUUACAAGUGUUAUUUAUGGGUCAAGCAAUGUAAACUGUAUAAAUGUAAAAAUAAACAAAAAAAUCCCCACACAUAACCCCGGGAAUAUAUGGUAAAAAACAAGUAGAAGCUGUUCGGGUGAGUAUUUUUUUCCCCUUGGGGAUGGCAGAGGGUGUCUUUCCCAUUUUCAGCAAGCUGGUGAUUAAUCUCAUGGGAAGAGACCAAAAAACUACAAGGACCUGCUUUCUGUGGCAGAGGAUUUUGUAGAUUUAUUCCUUUUCAUCCCUCCUUUCCAGCUACUUUGUUGGCUUUUAACAGCAAUCUUGAAAACUGGGCUUUCUGGUUAUGUUUUUCUUUGAAAGUCUUUAAAUUAGAGGGUGCUGUGCCCCUGGUCACUGCAAGUUAAUAUGGGGUUCUGUUUCAAGGGGAAAUUACGUCGGCUUUGAACUGAUGCGCUAAUACUUUGAUAUGUGCCAUUCUUGCACAUACGUUUCAAUCCUAACUCAGUGUUCUAGUGGUAUCUCAGACCUUUGGGAAGAUAUUUAAUAAACGCUUAAUAAAUAACUACCUUUCUGAA